AUGACCCUCCUGAUGGCCUUUUUCUUUGUCUUUUUCAUGUCAGCAGAGUAUUUCCUCCUGACCAUCAUGUGCUAUGACCGCUACGUUGCCAUCUGCAAACCCCUGCACUACGGGACCCUCCUGGGCAGCAGAGCUUGUGCGCACAUGGCAGCAGCUGCCUGGGCCUCUGGGUUUCUGUAUUCUCUGCUGCACACAGCCAAUACAUUUUCCCUGCCCCUGCCCCAGUUCUUCUGUGAAAUCCCACACAUCCUCAGGCUCUCCUGCUCACACUCAGGCUACCUCAGGGAAAUUGGGCUCCUUGUGGUUAGUGCCUGUUUAGCAUUUGGUUGUUUCAUUUUCAUAGUUUUCUCCUAUGUGCAGAUCUUCAGGGCUGUGCUGAGGAUCCCCUCUGAGCGGGGGCGGCACAAAGCCUUUUCCACGUGCCUCCCUCACUUGACCGUGGUCUCCCUGUUUGUAAGUACUGCCAUAUUUUCCCACCUCAAGGCCCCCUCCAUCUCCUCCCCAUCCCUGGAUCUGUUUGUGUCAGUUCUGUACUCGGUGGUGCCUCCAGCCCUGAACCCCCUCAUCUACAGCCUGAGGAACCAGGAGCUCAGAGAUGCCCUGAGGAAAAUGAUGACUGGACAUUGGUGA